GCAGCAGGUUGCAAGUAGCAUUCCCGAGCCGCUUUCGCUCACCUAGUCCCAUUAUAAUACCCCGAGCAGCGCAAGCAACAAACUCUCGCAGCAGCGGCAGCCUGACACAGAAGCUAGCUAAGCUACGCGAAGAGACACAGGGAUCAGGAAGCCAUUCUUGGAACCAAGCGGCAGACCGACUGGAGGGAUCGAUGAGGACGAGGGUGGCGCUGGAGCCGCUCGCGGAGGAGCCAGGCGGCGAGGAGGACUCGGCGUCGCGGCGGCGGACAGGCCUCCACGCGACGCUGCACCGCUGGGCGCGCAUCCUGUCGGGCGCCGGCGGCGCCGGGGACGACGCGCGGCCCUCCGCCGACCUGCGCGUGCUCCUCUCCGUCCUCGCAUGCCCGCUCUCCCCCGUGCCUAUCCUCCCGCGCCUCCCGCGCCACGUCGCCUCCUCCGCGCAGUACAUCAUCGAGCAGUUCAGGGCCACCACGCGGUGCGGGAAGCUGGAGGGCAAGGCCAAGAGCAUGUACGCGGCGGGCAAGGUGCGGCUGGCCAUGCUGCACGAGCCCGGCGGCGGAGGAGCAGCAGCACCAGCAGGCGGGCGGUGCCACGAGGGGAGCUUCGUGGUGUGGCAGCUCGCGCCCGGCAUGUGGAUCGUCGAGAUGGCCGUGGCGGGCCACAGCGUCGCCGCGGGCAGCGACGGCCGCGUCGCAUGGCGCCGCACCCCCUGGCUCGGCGCGCACGCCGCCCGCGGCGGCUCCCGCCCACUCCGCCGCGCCCUCCAGGGCCUGGACCCAGUGAUGAUCGCGUCCAUCUUCUCGACGGCGGAGCACGCGGGGGAGAAGCAGGUGGACGGCGAGGACUGCUUCGUGCUGCGCCUGGACGUGGGCCCCUCGACGCUCUCGAGCUGGAGCGACGGCACGGCGGAGGUGAUCCGGCACGGCCUGACGGGGUUCUUCAGCCAGCGGAGCGGCCUCCUGGCGCGGCUCGAGGACUCGCAGCUCACCCGGAUCCAGGCCCCCGGCGCCCCUGCCAUGUACUGGGAGACCACCAUCGCCUCCACGCUCGGCGACUACCGCGCCGCCGACGGCGCCGGCGGCGUCCACGUCGCGCACGCGGGGCGCUCCACGGCGUACCUGGCGCGGUUCGGCGUCGGCGUGCGCGCCGCGCGGGUGGUGACGCGGAUGGAGGAGACGUGGACGAUCGACGACGUGGCGUUCGACGUGCCCGGGCUGGGCCCCGACGCGUUCAUCCCGCCGGAGGAGGUCAGGCGGAGCCGCUUCUACGACGCCAUGGCCGCCGGCGGCAAGUGAAGCGAACACCGCGCGUUGGCAAGGGUCUCGACUAAGUGUAACCUGUAGUAGGAACUGUUUUAGUUUUGCACACCGUGUGUACGUGUCGACCAUUUGUUUGUGAGUGCGGCGUAAGAAAUCGCGCAUGUAGAUAUGUGUAUCUGAGUUACCUAAAUAAAACAUUCACAGUUUUUCA